AUGCACCAGGCAUUUCACCACCACAUUUUGGCCAGCCGAGACGAGAGCAAUGAGGCGUCGGCCGUUUCGGCGUGCGAAAUUUCGCCCGCGAGUACCAACUACUGGGGCCUACGUAUCGGCUCCAUCUUCGUCAUCUUCGCCGGUUCUGCGAUUGGUGCUCUCUUACCGGUCUUUCUGGCAAGGACCUCCAGAUUGCGCAUACCGAAGCUUUGCUUCUUCAUCGCCAAGUACUUUGGCACCGGCGUAAUUCUGGCAACGGCCUGGAUGCAUCUUCUCUCGCCGGCGUCGGAUAACCUUCGCGACCCGUGCCUCGCAGACAUCUUGCCUGACUAUGACUGGGCUAUGGCCAUUGGUCUGAUGACAGUCAUGGUCAUGUUCCUCCUGGAGAUCAUCGUCUCGCAAUUCGACUUUGGUUUUGGCUCCGCCCACAACCACGGUCAGGGGACCGGCAACCGUUCGGCCCAGAAUGCAGAAGCUGGUGGCUCAGACAAAUCCUUCGAAACCUCCACAGCCGCUAAAGGCAACACGGAGGCGACUGGGCCCGGUUUCUUCGACAAGAGCAAGCUGCCCGUAUCAGGAAACGACGUCAGCUACCCGCCCGGUGGAGGGGACCACCUGGGUCACCAGCGGGACCACAUCGAGGGCGACGCGCACGCCAACUACGCGGCGCAGAUGACAGCCAUCUUCGUCCUCGAGUUCGGCGUCAUCUUCCACUCCGUAUUUAUCGGUCUGACACUCGCCGUUACCGAUAACUUCAUCAUCCUCUUCGUCGUGCUGGUCUUCCACCAGACCUUUGAAGGCCUCGGUCUCGGCGCCCGUCUCGGCACGGCCACCUGGCCCCCCGGCUCCCGUCGGUGGACGCCGUAUCUGCUGGGAUUGUUGUACGCCGUCAGCACGCCCCUUGCCAUUGGGAUGGGGCUUGUCGCGAGCCAGUCCUUGGCGCUGGAGGCGGCCACGAGCAGGGUUGUGAACGGCGUGUUUGAUGCCAUUAGCGGUGGCAUUCUCAUGUAUACUGCGCUUGUCGAGCUGGUGGCGCAUGAGUUCAUGUUCAAUCCGGAGAUGCGGAAGGCGGGCUUGGGAAUGCAGCUGUCCGCGUAUGGCUGUGUUGCGCUCGGGGUGGGGUUGAUGGCGAUGCUGGCGAAUUGGGCCUAA